GAAGGAGGAAGUGCUGUGUGGGGGUGAGUGGAGGACUGACAAGCAGUUGGCAACAUGGGACUCUGAAAAGGGACUGAAUGGCAGCCUACAAGAGCGGCGUCUGGGCAGUGAUUUACAUGGACUGACGCUGAAAGUGGUGACUGUCCUGGAAGAGCCUUUUGUGAUGGUGGCAGAGAACAUACUUGGUCAACCAAAGCGCUACAAAGGGUUUUCUAUUGACGUCUUGGAUGCACUUGCCAAGAAUCUGGGCUUCAAGUAUGAGAUUUAUCAAGCUCCUGAUGGCAAGUAUGGACACCAGCUCCAUAACAGCUCCUGGAAUGGCAUGAUUGGAGAACUUAUUAACAAGAGAGCAGAUUUGGCAAUCUCAGCUAUCACUAUCACACCAGAACGAGAAAGUGUUGUGGACUUCAGCAAGCGAUACAUGGAUUAUUCUGUGGGGAUUCUAAUCAAGAAGCCUGAAGAGAAAAUCAACAUCUUCUCUCUCUUUGCUCCCUUUGAUUUUGCGGUGUGGGCCUGCAUUGCAGCUGCCAUCCCUGUAGUUGGUGUCUUGAUAUUUGUAUUAAACCGAAUCCAGGCAGUAAGAGCACAGACUUCUUCACAAACCAAUCCCUCUGCUUCCUCUACUCUUCACAGUGCCAUUUGGAUUGUGUAUGGGGCCUUUGUUCAGCAAGGUGGUGAAUCUGCUAUCAAUUCUGUGGCUAUGCGUAUUGUAAUGGGAAGUUGGUGGCUCUUUACCCUUAUUGUGUGUUCAUCCUACACAGCCAAUUUAGCUGCAUUUCUCACAGUGUCAAGGAUGGAUAAUCCUAUAAGAACAUUUCAAGAUUUGUCCAAACAAAUGGACAUUUCUUAUGGUACUGUCAGGGAUUCAGCAGUGUAUGAAUACUUCAAAGCAAAAGGGACAAACCCUUUGGAACAAGAUAACACAUUUGCUGAACUGUGGAGGACAAUCAGUAAAAAUAAUGGGGCAGAUAACUGUGUAUCAAACCCUUCAGAAGGUAUCAGGAAGGCAAAGAAAGGCAACUAUGCAUUUUUGUGGGAUGUAACAGUGGUGGAAUAUGCAGCGCUGACGGAUGAUGAGUGUUCUGUGACCGUCAUUGGAAACAGCAUCAGCAGUAAAGGAUAUGGGAUAGCGCUCCAGCAUGGCAGCCCCUACAGGGAUCUCUUCUCUCAGAGGAUCUUGGAAUUACAAGACACUGGAGACUUGGAUGUACUCAAACAGAAAUGGUGGCCACGAAUGGGACGUUGUGAUCUGAACAGUCACACCAAUGCACAGACAGAUGGCAAGGCACUGAAGCUUCACAGUUUUGCAGGAGUCUUCUGCAUUUUAGCAGUAGGCCUUCUUCUUGCAUGUUUGGUGGCAGCGCUGGAGUUGUGGUGGAACAGCAACCGUUGUCAUCAAGAAACUCCAAAAGAGGAUAAAGAAGUAAAUCUGGAGCAGGUGCACAGAAGAAUGAACAGUUUAAUUGAUGAAGACAUAGCCCACAAGCAAAUCUCGCCAGCAUCCAUUGAAAUCUCAGCCUUGGAAAUUGGUGGCAUGCAGCAAAGUCAGACCCUGGAGCCAGUUCGUGAAUACCAGAACACACAACUUUCUGUCACCACCUUUUUACCAGAACAGACAACUCAUGGUGCCAGCAGGACACUCACAGCUGCCUCUGGUAGUAAUCUACCAUUGCCCCUUAGCAGCUCAGCCACCAUGCCCUCUAUACAGUGUAAACACAGAUCACCAAAUGGAGGACUGUUUCGUCAGAGCCCCGUGAAAACACCUAUCCCAAUGUCAUUUCAAUCUGUGCCAGGAGGAGUCAUUCCUGAAGCCAUGGAGCCUUCCCAUGGAACAUCCAUAUAAUAAAAAUAAACAAACAAACAAAAACCAGCAGAGCUUUUUAAUACAAUCAAUCUAAAACAAAAACAAGAACUUUUACAUUUUCUUGUACAUAUCUGUAAAUAACGAAAGAAUGAAGUGGGGUAAAAGUGUAUUUUGAAUAUUCCCAAUUUUCGAAGUCAGUAAAAAACAAAACAAAAAAUGUAUGAAUGACUUUGUAAAUUUUGUUCUAUAUGAAUAAAAAGGCAAACUACUUGUGAUCGUUCUCAAGUGCCAAAGAAGACCUGUUACUGGGACAGAGGGCAGUUAAAAAAUAAUCAUGAAUUUCAACUCUUGUUCCUUAUUUGUUCUAUUUUUAGUUUUGUUUCUAAAGCAGUGCAGUUAUCCAUUUUUUGCAGUAAAAUUCACUCAGCACGCUCUUCUUCUCAGUACCCUAUUUCAUAGUCAUGGUGGCAGUUCACUUGAAAAUCUAACAGCAGGUAUUAGCAAAGAAGUAAUAAAUGAUUUGAACCGAUUUGAUAGUACGGCAUCAAAAUGGCAAGAGCCUAGUGAGUGAGCUUCGGCAAAAAA